GAAGAGGGAAUGGGGAAAUCGAGCGGUUCAUGCAAUCGUCUGAACGGCCAGCCCUGACCUCGGCUGUCUCCCCGCGGGCCGUUCCCAUUUUCUCUCUUCUCCUGUCACAACCAGCAGCUCUCUAUCCCUCCCUCGCUGACUCUCCACCAUUCCUCUCUCUCUCUCUCUGAAGAACCGGUCUGUUUUCUCUCUAACUGAACGGCCAUGGCGUUGAAGCUCGCUCUUACCUCCCAACCCUCCUUCGCCAAGGUGGGUCUUCCCUGCAGCACCUCUCGGUCAGGCAGGGUUGUGAUGACAGCGGUCAUUCCACCGAAAUCCAAGGAGGCCGAGAAUCUGAGGAAGAAUCUGAGCCCGCGAGAAGUGCAUUCGCAGGUCGCCCAUUCGAUGCCGCCGGAGAAAAUGGAGAUCUUCAAGUCCCUGGAGUCAUGGGCGGAACAAACCCUUCUUCUGUUGAAGCCAGUCGAGGAGUCAUGGCAGCCGUCUGACUUCUUGCCUGAUUUCUCGACGGAGGCUGGCUACGAUGAACUCAAGGAAUUGCAAGAGCGGUCCAAGGAGAUGCCCGACGAUUACUUUAUCUGUUUGGUCGGAGAUAUGAUAACAGAGGAAGCCCUGCCCACUUACCAGACAAUGCUCAAUACACUGGACGGUGUUCGGGACGAGACUGGUGCAAGCCCCACUUCCUGGGCAGUUUGGACGAGGACAUGGACCGCCGAAGAAAACAGACAUGGUGAUGUUCUUAACAAGUACCUCACUUACACGGGAAGAGUCGACAUGAGACAGAUAGAGAAGACAAUUCAGUAUCUGAUUGGAUCAGGAAUGGACCCCCGAACUGAGAACAACCCCUAUCUUGGAUUCAUUUACACCUCCUUCCAGGAGAGAGCAACCUUCGUUUCUCAUGGCAACACUGCUGCACAUGCUAAGAAGUAUGGGGAUCUGAAACUCGCCAAAUUGUGUGGCACAAUCGCCGCUGAUGAGAAGCGCCACGAAACUGCUUAUACUAAGAUCAUUGAGAAACUUUUUGAGCUAGAUCCCGAUGGCACGAUGUUGUCGUUCGCUGACAUGAUGAGGAAGAAGAUAUCAAUGCCUGCCCACCUUAUGUAUGAUGGACAGGACGACAAACUGUUUGAUAAUUUCUCUGCUGUCGCUCAGAAGUUGGAAGUUUACACUGCAAAGGAUUAUGCGGACAUACUGGAGCACCUGGUGAAGCGAUGGAACGUGGAGAAGAUAACUGGUAUUUCUAGCAAGGCGCAAGAAGCCCAGGAUUAUGUCUGUGGCUUGGCACCGAGGUUCAGAAGGUUAGAAGAAAGAGCUCAAGCAAGGGCCAAGAAGGCCUCAAAAGUUCCAUUUAGUUGGAUUUUCAACAGGGAAGUGGAGUUAUAGAGAUACUGUCAAGGUUAGUCCGUGUUUGUUUACCUAUAGGCGUGUUGAGACUAUGUCAGCUGCUGUGCUGCUUCUAUUGUUUAUUUUGCAAUGAAAAGAAGAUAUAUUUCGUGUUAAGACUUCCUAUAGGACAAAAAGCGGCAAUGAUAUGGUCUUUUCCAUACUGAUUUCAAACUCUAGCGUUACGAUAUGAUAUGGAACUGCUGUAUCUGCCGAGAGGUUGUUGAACUAGCUUGUUUCAGAACUUCCUGAUGUUCUGUAAUUGGUAUCUUUCAUGUCCCUUUGAUAAAUCUUUUCUUGGUUUGUCUUGGUUCCUUGUUUUUUU